UACAUAGAAUCAUAUUUUAAAGAUUCUAAUGUCUAUUUAAGUGAAUAAAAGUAAACAAAUUUUUAUAGCCCGUCCAUAAUCGCGAUUGAAACUACGAUAAGAUUAUAAAAUCAUAAUUGAAACUAUGGUUUUUGUGUAAACAAAUACUUAUAACAAAUAUUGUAUUCAAAAUGAGUAGAUGCGAUUUUAAAAUAGUUUUAUUGGGCAGUGAACAUGUUGGAAAGACUAGUUUGGUGCUUCGUUUCGUUAAUUGUAGAUUUAACGCGAGUGCACCAUAUCAAAACACGAUAGGCGCGGCUUUUUGUGCAAAAGCAAUGUAUUCAAAUGGCAAAACCUUCAAUGUUGGUAUUUGGGAUACUGCUGGCAGUGAGAGAUAUGAAGCAAUGACUAAAAUGUAUUACCGUGGAGCUCAUGCAGCGAUUAUAUGCUAUGAUCCAUCUUCUUAUGCAUCCUGGAUUCGAUUACGACACUGGCUGCAAGAAUUGAGGACUGUGGAAGAGGAUUGUAAAGUUUACCUGUGUGCAACUAAGAAAGAUCUUCUCGACUCCUUGGCAGUGGAAAGGGAGGUACCUGAAGAUAUAGUAACAACAUACUCCCAAGGUUUAUCUGGACAUUUCAGCACAUCUAGUAAGACGGGAGAGAAUGUUGAGGAGUUAUUCCAGAAGAUAGUUGACGAUUGUGCAGAAGAUAGACAAGUAAUGAAGAAUGUAGAAGAAAUGAGAAUGCAACUCGCGAAAGAAGAAGCUGAUAGAUGUAAGAAUAAAGAAUAUUGUUAUUGCUAAUAAAUUGAAAUAUCCGACUCGAAGGACCAAGUAAGAGGUAUCUUACUAA